UUAUACCCAUCGAAAACACUUGAGCAGACCCAGAAGUGGGAGCGCGAUCAGAUCGGAGAAUAUUAUCUGAAACCCUAGCUCGAUCGCAUAUGGCCUCGAACCCGCGAGUCUUCUUCGAUAUGACCGUCGGCGGCGCUCCGGCGGGCAGGAUCGUGAUGGAUCUGUACGCGGACGUGGUGCCACGGACGGCGGAGAACUUCCGGGCGCUGUGCACGGGCGAGAAGGGCGUCGGCCGCUCCGGGAAGCCGCUCCACUACAAGGGCUCGAGCCUCCACCGCGUGAUUCCGGGGUUCAUGUGCCAGGGCGGCGAUUUCACCCGCGGCAACGGCACCGGCGGCGAGUCGAUCUACGGCGAGAAGUUCGCGGACGAGAACUUCGUGAAGAAGCACACGGGGCCGGGCGUGCUGUCGAUGGCCAACUCUGGCGCCAACACUAACGGUUCGCAGUUCUUCAUCUGCACGGCGGAGACGUCGUGGCUGGACGGGAAGCACGUGGUGUUCGGCCGCGUGGUAGAGGGGAUGGACGUGGUGAAGGCGAUCGAGGCUGUGGGGUCGCAGAGCGGUGCCACCAAGAAGCCCGUCGUCAUCGCUGACUGUGGUCAGCUCUGAGGUUGAGACGGCGGCCUUUCGUAGUCGUCGUCGCUCGUGCUUUCUUCUUCGUCGUCGUCGUCGAAAUAACUGACGGAUCCGUUGUCCGUGGCCGUCGAUCUCGAGUCCUUGUCGCCGUCCUCUUUGAUUCCGAGUAGUUGCAGAGUAGGUGGUGGUGGUUGUUUGCUGGGGUCGACUUUAUUUGUCGCUUCUCCCUAAAAAAUUUCUGGGCAAUAAAAUUUUAGAAAUUGCACCA